CCAAGGAAUAUAGAUGCACCAAAUUUCACAUACAUCUCAGAAUUCUCUCUCAUGGGACUCACAGAUGAUCCUGAACUGGAACCUGUUCUCUUUGGACUGUUUUUGUUCAUGUAUUUGGUUGCGGUGCUUGGGAACCUGAUCAUCGUCCUGGCUGUCAGCAAUGACCCUAACCUACACACACCCAUGUACUUCUUUCUCUGAAACCUGUCCUUGGCUGACAUAGGCUUUAUUUCCAGCACAGUCCCAAAGAUGAUUGUGAACCUUCAGACGCACAGAAGAAGCAUAUCCUACGUGUCCUGCCUGACACAGAUGUCUGUCUUUGCCAUUUUUGGUUGUUUAGAUGACAUGCUUCUGACUGUGAUGGCUUAUGACAGGUUUAUAGCCAUCUGCCAUCCCCUCCAUUACCAAAUCCUGAUGAACCCCCGACUCUGUGUCUUGAUGGUUUUGAGCUCAUUUUUUGUUAGCUUGCUGGACUCCCAGCUGCACAAUUUGAUUAUCAUGCAACUCCCAUACUUCAAGGAUGUGGAAAUUGCUAACUUCUUUUGUGAUCCUUCUAAACUCCUUAAUAUGACCUGUUUUGACUCUUUCUUUAAUGACAUUGCUGUGUGUCUCACUGGUGCCAUAUUUGGAUUUUUUCCCAUCCUUGGGAUCCUUUUCUCUUAUUACAAAAUUGUGUCAUCCAUUCUUAGAAUCUCAUCUUCUGGGGGGAAGUUUAAAGCUUUCUCCACCUGUGUGUCUCAUCUGUCAGUAGUUUGCCUAUUUUAUGGAACAGCACUGGGAGUGUAUCUUAGUUCAGCUGUGUCAUCCUCUCACAGAAAGAAUUUGAUGGCAGAAGUAAUGUACACCGUGGUUACACCCACGCUUAAUCCAUUCAUCUACAGCCUUAGAAACAGGGAUAUUAAAGGUGCCUUGAGGAGGCUGCACUUAAGAACUCAUUAA